AUGAGCGAUGGGGAACUGAUGGGCACGUACGGUGCCACAGAGGAACUCUACGAGAGAUGUGACUUGGGAAGUAAUAUUCUUUGGAGCUUUUUGAAGUGUGAGCUAAAGUAUCGGUGGCUAUCGCUGAGGUUGCUUUGCUCGUGUUAUCUUCCCAUGCAGAGAUACACUAUUUCGCAUCAUAGCUGCCUAAAUGCGGCUGCUGUUAGCACGACCGGUGCCGGUGACAGCCCGAGCAAUAGUGAUAGGGUUAACAAUAGCGUUAAGCAUAGUCAUAAGGAUAGGCAGAGUUGCUACGUAGAAACUAAUAGUCGAUGGAGCAUUGUGCAAUGCUUUGCGAACGAGUACCUGUGGGGCGUUAGACGACACAGUCGAACCAGCCUGUGGAAGCGAUGGCGCUGGAAAAGAAUGUCAUCCAUCGGAAAGGCGCUCUUGUUCUUCUACAUUAUCACCAUAAGCAUAAUCGUUGUGGCCGCCCAAGGAGUGGAUUCUACGCAGGUAACACAACGGACGGGCUCAUCGGCACCGAGCGAGGAUGCCAUCAUAACGAGUCCUGGAAAAGUAUGUUCGAGCGUCGAUGUGCGCAAUUCACCACAACAUUUGGAACGAUUACGUGACUGUCGAGUGGUGGAGGGCUUCGUGCAGAUUAUGCUGAUUGACAAGUAUACCAACGACAGCUACGACAAUUACACCUUCCCAACGCUGACGGAAAUCACCGGAUAUCUGCUAUUGUUUCGCGUUAAUGGGCUGCAAACUUUGGGCCAGCUAUUUCCCAAUCUGACCGUCAUCCGAGGAAGCGAACUUGCCAACAACUAUGCGCUGGUAGUUUACGAAUUAAUGCAAAUCAAUGAGUUGGGCCUCACUUCGCUGAUCGACAUUCAACGAGGUGGUGUACGUAUUGAGAAAAAUCCUAACUUAUGCCAUGCAGAUACAAUUGAUUGGAAGGCGAUAGCGCCAGAGGGAGAGAGCUGGAUAAAGGCCAAUCAAGAUGCAAAUGAAUGUACUACCUGUCCAAGCAAUGUUACCGUUGCUCUUCCGAGUGGAAUGACGCACACGAUACAGUGUCCGACGCGCGAGGUAAAUCGGCUGACACACAACGAAAAACCAAGCCAUCUCUGCUGGUCAACCAAUCACUGCCAACAAAAAUGUCCUGCAAGUUGUCCGAAGUCGUGCACAAAAACAGGUGAAUGCUGUAGUACAUACUGUCUUGGCCAGUGCAGCAGUGAAAACAAAAUGCACUGCAUGGUAUGCCGGAAGUACUAUUACAUUCAAAACAAUCGCACCCACUGCGUAGACAAAUGUCCCGAUAAUAUGUUCCUGUUUAGCGAAAGUCGGUGCUUGACGGAGGACGAAUGUUACAAAUUGUAUAAGCCACUUCAACGGGAAUCAGAUAUUACCGGUGAUUAUCCGUAUGUGCCUGCUCAGGGUGAAUGUCGGCUCGGUUGUCCCGUAGGGCACACCUUGGCGACCGUCCCAGGUACGCAACGGCCGACCUGCGUUCCAUGUAAGGGUUCAUGUCGCACUGAAUGCAAGGGAAUGGUAAUUGAGAGCAUCUCGCAAAUGCAACCACUGCGCGGGUGCAUGAUCAUACAAGGAUCGCUUUCUAUUCGGUUGCGGCAACUUGGUGGAGAAAAUGUUGUUCGCGAACUGGAAAAAGUGCUUUACUCGAUCGAGGAAAUCUACGGCUAUCUCCUCAUUGUUCGCUCGUACGCCCUGAUGUCGUUAGGAUUCUUUCGAAACCUGAAAAUUAUCCAUGGCACCGUGCUAAAUGCAAACUUAUCGUUGAGUGUGAUCGACAACCAGAACCUGCAGGAGCUAUGGAAUCAAAAUGUUACUAUCAAACAUGGUAAUGUUCGUUUCAAUGACAAUCCAAUGCUAUGCGUUAAGAAAAUUACUUCGCUGAAAAGCCAUUUCGGGGAUGGUGUGAGCAUUGAAAAUGAGGAACAGUUGAACAAAACGAACGGUGUGCGUGUGGCUUGUGAAAUUAAGAAGCUUGGCACAAGACCGGUCAAAAUUACGACGGACACAGUCAUUAUACAGUGGGAUGCGUUUAAAGAUCUGCCGGACAUGCGGCAACUGCUCGGGUACGUCGUGUACUACAUUGAAGCACCGCACGGAAAUGUGACGUUUUACGAUGGGCGCGAUGCCUGCAACUCUCAAGGCUGGCGUGUCGACGACGUACCUAACAUGCAGGAAAGGGAGUACGGUACUCACAUUCUUACACGGCUUACUGCUUUUACGCAGUACGCAUAUUAUGUUAAAACGUACACAUUGUCUUCGGAGAACUUAGGGGGACAAACUGAUAUUACAUACUUUCAAACGUCACCAGGCACUCCAAGGAUCAUACGAGACCUGCACAUCUACAUAGAGAAUGAUACGUUGGUUGUCACAUGGCUAGAGCCGCUCAAAAUGUUGGGUAAAUUGUCAUCCUACAAAAUUGGCGUCACUUUAAACGACGAGAAAAAUGACAUGAUCAAUCAACGGAAUUACUGUCACGAUGAAAUAGAAAAACCCGAUUCAAAGCCAAACAUUCCGGUAGAAAGUACAUCAAUCGCUACAACGAUUUCCCCGGCUAAAGAAACGCAAAACCAAUGCUCGAAGGAAGAGUGUGCAGCAUUCUGUUCAGCAUCGGGCAUAUCGGAUUCAGAUGGCGGUCUGAAAAUAGAUAUAAACGAGGUGGAAAUGGCCAUAGGGUUCGAAGACUGGUUGCAUAAUUACGUUUACAUCAAAAACGAAAAAGCUGGGAGAAAACGUCGAGAAAACAGUGGCCCCGGAGGAAAUUUUGCGGCAGUUAACAGCUCGAUCAUUUUUCCAGCGCAUACAGAGAACGCACCGAAGAUAGCUUCAAAUUAUGUGACCGAACAAGAACCCAACGAAGAGUACUAUCGCACCAUCGGGGAAACAACCAAUCUAACACGCAUAAGGUUCCCCCUGUCUUAUUUCAAACAUUUUGCGCUUUACUCCUUCAGCGUGCAUGCUUGCCGAGAACCAGCUCCGAAGCUGCCCGGAGUUUUGGUGAAAGAUUUGGCAGACCCUUGUGGCUCACAAGUGAUGUCUAUGUAUCGUACACCGACUAAACAAGACGCGGAUGACAUACCGAUCGAAUCGAUUGAACUGGACGAUCAGUCUAAUCACACGCAGCGGGUGAUCCGUGUUCGGUGGCAGGGUCCUUCAAAACCCAACGGAGUAGUGGUAUCGUACUCGAUUAAGUAUCAUCGAACGGAUCUGGAUUCAGUGCAGCCCACCGUGCGCUGCGUUACGAUGGCGGUAUUCAAUUCGAGCGGAUAUGCACUGCUGACGAAGCUAGACGCAGGCAACUAUAGCGUACGUAUUAUGGCCACAACAACCGCUGGCAAUGGGCCGUAUUCUCCACCUAAAUAUCUGUCCCUGGAAAAGCGCGAUUCAGACUCGCCCAGCGUAGGCAUGUGGAUAACUGUUGCAAUAGUAGUAGCGUUGGCUGCAACGGUGAUAGCAGUUGCAAUCUUCUGCGCGAUUAACAAAUAUAAGCAAAUGUCGAACAUGCGACUCUUUGCGCAGGUUAAUCCUGACUAUGCUGGAGUUACCUAUAAGGUAGACGAAUGGGAAGUACCGCGUGAACACAUAAUCCAGUUGGAAGAACUCGGCCAAGGUUCGUUCGGUAUGGUGUACAAGGGUAUCAUGACGAAGCUAGAGAACGAUACGAACGUACCGUGCGCUAUAAAGACCGUCACGGAGAAUGCCACCGAGCGAGAGCGUGACAGUUUUCUAAUAGAGGCAACGAUUAUGAAGGAAUUCCAUACGCAUCACGUUGUUCGGCUCUAUGGUGUUGUGUCGGUUGGACAGCCGACCCUCGUGAUCAUGGAGCUGAUGGCAAACGGUGAUCUAAAGAGCUACCUCCGACGCCAUCGACCGGACUAUGAAAAUGGUGAGGAAUCGUCACCGCAGCCUCCAACACUGAAGGAAAUUUAUCAAAUGGCCAUAGAAAUUGCGGACGGUAUGGCGUACCUAUCGGCCAAAAAAUUCGUCCAUCGUGAUUUGGCUGCCCGGAACUGUAUGGUGGCCGAGGAUCUGACAGUAAAAAUAGGUGAUUUCGGUAUGACCCGAGACAUAUACGAAACUGACUAUUAUAGAAAAGGUACGAAGGGAUUUCUACCAGUGCGAUGGAUGGCUCCAGAGAGUCUGAAAGAUGGCAUGUUCUCGAGUUGCAGCGACGUUUUCAGCUAUGGCGUUGUGCUGUGGGAGAUGGCGACACUUGCUUCUCAGCCGUACCAGGGAUUAACCAAUGAUCAAGUAUUGCGAUACGUCAUAGAUGGUGGCGUGAUGGAACGCCCUGAGAACUGUCCGGAUAAGCUCUAUGAGCUGAUGAGAAUUUGUUGGCAACACCGGGCAUCCGCACGGCCUUCCUUUAUCGAAAUUAUCAAAAUGCUGCUUCCGGAUGCGAAUGAUCAUUUCAAGGUGGUAUCCUUCUUUUACUCUCAAGAUGCCAUUGAUAAUUCCCUCCAGCCUGGACAUGCAUUAUUGGACGAUGUGACAGAACCAUUACGGGCGAACGACGACGGAUUCGAAGACGAUGACGAUGAUCAUUAUUCAAUCGAAGAAACGGACAGUCGGCUAAUGCAGACUAAUGGACCCAAGCCUGAUAUUCGGUCGCCGCACUCGCCACAACGCUUUUGUUUUACUGCUCGCCAAACGGCCAUGGAUAAACUAUCUGAUCACAGUUCGUUACAGCUAAUGCGCGAUGAUCAGUACGUGUCGAGCAUGAUCGAGCCUGGCAAUGGGCGACCUUCGAUCAUUCCACUAAACACCCAGGAUGUGGUUCGGGAUUAUUACUAUUUCAACGAAACUCUGCGCUUGCAAGCGACCACCACCACCAUCACCACCUCCACCUAUGAUGCCGCACCGAGCAACGCCAGUUCGGUCUACGACACCCAGGUGAAUGAGUACGGCAACGACACUGCGUACAGUUACUACAAUUGUGCCGCGUUCGAGGGCAACACCUCGUACUUGAAUGUGUCGUGUGAAACCAUCCUUAACUACAGCCUGCCGCUGUACGGAUACUGCAUCCCGGUGCUGUUGCUCGUCACGCUAGCCGCAAAUUCGUUGAUUAUCAUCAUCCUCAAGAAGCGCACCAUGGCUUCGCCGACGAAUUUUAUACUCAUGGCGAUGGCUGUGUGCGACAUGUUUACGCUGCUUUUCCCCGCCCCGGGAUUAAUGUACAUGUACACGUUCGGGAAUCACUACAAACCACUCUCGCCCGUACUGGCCUGUUAUGUGUGGAAUGCGCUGAAUGAGAUCCUUCCCGCCAUGUGUCACACAGCAUCGGUAUGGCUUACAUUAGCGUUGGCGGUACAAAGAUACAUUUACGUUUGUCAUGCACCUGCAGCCCGAACUUGGUGUACCAUUGCCAAAGUGAAGAAAUGCAUCGCGUACAUAUGUGUUGCCGCAUUGUUACAUCAAAGCAGUAGAUUUUUUGAUAAGUCAUAUACCCUCGUAACGAUAGAGUGGAAUGGACAGCCAGCGAACGUGUGUCACGUCGAAACGGCCCAAUGGAUACACGAAUACACCAGCGAAGACUUUUACUAUACUUUUUACUUUUCCUUCCGAAUACUAUUCGUGCACCUGAUACCCUGCGCCAGUCUGGUCGCACUCAACGUGUUACUGUUUCGGGCGAUGAAGCAAGCGCAACAGAAAAGGGAACGUCUGUUCAAGGAUAACAAAAAGCGUGAAAGCAAACGUGUGCGCGACUCAAACUGCACCACGCUGAUGUUAAUCGUCGUGGUGACCGUGUUCCUGGUGGUAGAAAUACCAUUGGGCGUUAUCACGGCACUGCAUAUUAUUUCAUCGCUGCUGUUCGAGUUUCUAGAUUACUACGUAGCAAAUCUAUUUAUAUUGUUCGCCAACUUUUUCCUGAUAGUGAGCUAUCCGAUUAAUUUUGCCAUCUAUUGCGGUAUGUCGCGCCAGUUUCGUGAAACCUUCAAGGAACUGUUCGGCAAAUCCGGUGCGCAGAUGAAUGUGAAGAAGGAGUGUGGCUCGUCGAAAUAUUCACUGGUGAAUGGGCCGAGAACUUUUACAAACGAAACGGUUAUUUAA